CCUGCCUGUCCACAGCGAGAAGGAGAGAGAGAAGGAGAGAGAGAGAGAGAGAGAGAGAAGGAGAGAGAGGAGAGAGAGCUACACGGGUGAUUGGAGAUUCAUCCGAGCGCACAGGACGCACAGACUGGAGUUGCACAAUCUGCGCUCCGCGACUCCAAAAAGGCAGAGAACCUCCUCCACGUCUGCCCCCCGAGUGGAUAUUAAUUUGCACUUGAAGUGCCUCUUUUUAUGUUGAUAUUUUUGUGCGUCUGCAAGUAGAGAGCGUCUCGGAUUUCGAGGAGCCUGGUUGAGGGGAAGAGAGAAAAGUCCAUUUCUGUUAGUUUUUUACCUCUGAAGACAUGCAUCGGUGCACCGCGGUGCUACUGUUGUUGAUGGUGGCCGUGUACGUCCUGAGCGCAGAAGCUUACAAGUGCAGGUGCACCAGAAAAGGACCAAAGAUCCGUUACAAGGAUGUACAGAAGCUGGAGAUCAAACCCAAACACCCGUUCUGCCAAGAGAAGAUGAUAUUCGUGACGAUGGAGAACAUCGCUCGGUUCAAAGGGCAGGAGUACUGUCUUCAUCCCAAACUCCAGAGCACCAAGAAUCUGGUCAAAUGGUUCCGCAUCUGGAAGGACAAGCACAGGGUGUACGAAGCCUAAAACAUCAAGUGAGACAGAGAGAGACAAGCGCCACCACCUGGACUGUUUUCACGGAGUACAAGAUGUAAUCCACGAUCAACCUGUACUUCUCCCUCUUCUGCCUGAGAUCUGUCAAACGCAUUAAGAGAUUUCUUUAGUUCGUGUGUAAGCCGGUGGGCUCAUUUUAGUCGGACAUUGCUCUAGACAACAGUCACUCACCACUCCAGUCCUUUGCAACUGUAGUUAUACUUGUCAAAUAGUGGACAAGACACCGCCGUCUGUGUGUCAAACAGUUGUGGGUUUGUUCAGAUAUGAUUUAAAGGGACUUCUCUUUUGCUCUGGGUUUUUAGGGUUUCCUUUGAAUACGAAAGAAGAAGAAUGUGUCGUUCUUAAGAAACAAGCAAACCUCCGUCUGACAGAUGCAGUGUAGGUGAUUCUGUUGUUAAGAUUUCCAGUACUCUGUGUUCAGUAAGGCAGGUAUAAUAUUUUUUUGUACAACGCCAACCCUUAGGAUCUGGUUACCUGUGUUUAAGAGGUCUUAAGUAGAGGUGAAGCGAUGAAGGUUCUCGAUGAAUCAGAGUCGGUGUGUGUGUAUAGAGAAGAGGCAUCGGUUACAGAUCUACAGUAAUACAGAAGUUUCUAUUGUUCAGUCAGAUAGAGAUCUACCACUGUGUGUAUGUGUGUGUGUGUGUGUUUAUCAGGUCCAUGCUUACUCAUACGUGUCAAACAAACACACCGCUCUGCAGCACACAUUUUGUAAAACACGAUCUCACUAGACGUGCAGGGUGUAUAGUUUCAGUAGACAUUAAAAAUACAUAUAGUUCAUACGUGCCAUGGCUGCAUAAAUUACAGUCUGAGGAGUUUGUGGAGAGAAAAAAAUCAUGAAGAACCCUUAGAAAGCAAGACUGUCUGCAGUUUACGUCAACAGAAGAAGAUCUGCUUUAUGUUUUAUAGAUUUCUGUGCAGUGAAGCAAUAUCUCAUAACAAACUUCCGAAAUAAUCUUUGUAUGAAGCUAUGAUAGCGUCCCUAAAGGAGAGCACUAGUGGUAUUCUAUUCUAUUCGUUCAUGUGGACUGAAUCCACAAUGAUUUACUCCAUCUCUCAGCACCUCCCAAUUCGCCUGACCUGUCUGUGGCACUUGGAUUCAUUCUGACUAAGAAAUCGGAAAUAAACACUUUCACAGUUUUACUGGGCACUGUAGUUUUGAGCCAACAUCACUCAUACAGGAGUAAAGUAGGCAUUUGUUUGAGACUAUUUUUAGUCGUGGAUUCAUACACAUUUGGUUCUUAACCGAGUGUUUACAGCAGCACAAAGACUGGUUAUUGGACAACAAUGACUAAUAUAUAAAAAACCCACCGCAUUUUCUUUACCUUUUGAACAAUGUGCAUUACUCUUGUUUUAUAUCUUAUAUAUAAAUAUAUAUAAAGGAGCAUUUUGUAAAUGGACCAGUACACGCCUACAUGUUAGUGAGAACGACUUCACCUUAAGACUUUAUAGUGUCAUCAUGUAUAUUGUAUCGCUGCAUUAUAGUUGUUUUUUGCUUUUUGUUUAUUUAAAUCUUGGUUUGAUAACAUAUGUAUAUUUGGAGGGUGCGUGUGAAGAGGACUGGCCCACCAAACGCAGAGUUAGACGUUACGCUGAGUAUGAAACAAUAAAAAACAGCAAUAAAGUGUCUGUAGAGCA